CAACAAUCAGGUGUAAAGCGACAUGGCUGAUAGCGAAUUUGAAGAAUUUCGCCGUGUUUUCGAUAGAUUACCGCAACACAUAAAGGCCCCGACGCCGUUUUACUCAUUAGUGCCAAAUGUGGGAUUGGACGAUGAUUCCCCAUCUUCCAAAAGCGAGUGUUCGCCGGAAGAAGAACCUAAAGAGGACAUGCACACAUGUAUGGUGGAUGGAAAUGCAACAACCAAACCAGUCAAGGAUGAUGUCGCAUCACCGCCUUCUCAGCCAGAUAUAACGGAAACUCAGCGGAGCCCACAGCAUUACUCAUUCACAAAUGGCGAACGAAAACGGAGAAAGCUGCCAGAGAUUCCCAAGAACAGAAAAUCAAAAAUACUAGCAUGCAGCCAGCCAGCGUCCCUAGCAGACGAGCUAGGAGCUCUCACCGGCCUUCUCCUCAGGCCAGGAUGUCAUACAAGACCCCUCCUUGUGCUCAAAUGCGGGUACCUUCUAGACGAAGACUCUAGCCCAGACUCAGAGAGACUACAAAGCCUCGGCGACGUAGACAGCGGUCAUAGCACGGCUCACUCGCCGAUCGAUACGGGACCGAAGAGUAUAUCGCCAACGCCGCUUCAACAGAAUGUAUCACCCGCAUCAAGCUGCAGCAUCACAGGGCUGAACUUCGCCGGAAAUGUGACAAACAUUCCUCACAGUCAGCUAGAAAUGCUCGAAGCUACGCACAGAGGCCUACAUAAGUUUAAUCCUAGACAUCACGAUGAAAUAGAAGUGGAAAUUGGUGACCCUAUUUACGUGCAGAAGGAAGCUGAAGAUUUAUGGUGUGAAGGCGUGAACUUAAGGACAGGUCAGCAAGGUAUUUUUCCGUCAGCGUAUGCAGUCGAUAUGGAUUACAACGACUUCGAUCCCGCAAAUACUAAAGACAAAAAAGAACGAUAUCUAUUGGCGUACAUGGGCUCAGUAGAAACUUCUGCUCAUAAAGGAACAGGAGUUGUAUGCCAAGCCGUGAGAAAGAUAGUUUCGGAAUGCAAUGGAGAGCCCACAAUGCAGCCGUGCAUACUAGAAGUUUCUGAUCACGGACUUCGUAUGGUUGAUCGAUCGAAACCCGCAAGAAAUCGGAACGGGCCUUGCAUCGAUUACUUUUACUCGUUGAAGAACGUUUCAUUUUGUGCGUUCCACCCGCGUGAUCAUAGAUACUUGGGAUUUAUCACGAAGCAUCCGACACUGCAGAGAUUUGCAUGCCACGUAUUUAGGGGACAAGAAUCCACAAGGCCUGUAGCAGAAGCUGUGGGGAGGGCUUUCCACAGGUUCUACCAAACCUUCAUAGAAACGGCGUACCCUAUUGAGGAUAUUUACAUAGAAUAGAUACUUUAGUGAUAUCUAUAUAAAACCAAUAAUGUAUUAGGAUAUGAACAAUGUAUGAAUACAAGUAGCUUACCUUCCGCAACUAGCAUUGGAGACAAAUGAUCGAAAUAUUCGAUUUUUUAAGUCAUAGAUUUUAGCAAUCUACUUUUAAUGUUGCGCUGAAAAGUUAAAUUAAUAUCCAUUGGUAGAAGCCAUUUCAAGGAUAGCCUAUUUAUUUUCCUUUUUUUAUCUGAAAUUAAUGGAAUUCGCUGUUACAUCUUGCCUAAUAAAUAGAUUGAGAGCUUCAUUUUUCUAUUCUUAUAGCGUCAAAACAAAAAACUGUUUAUUUAAAUUACAGUAGUUAGUAAAGAUUAUAAAAAAAAAUUGAUACACUUUUACAGCACAUGCAUUCUUAAUUGUUCUACAUAACGAGUGAUUAGGUCUCAAUCUAUUUAUAUUCUAUGAUAUAAUAUUGCAUUAUGUAUUUGUCAUCACAGCCUUAUUGUAUAAACAAUACAAAUUCGAUGGCUCUGUUAACCCUUAGUAUUUUUAGUACUUAUAGAUACGAGAGAAAAUAAAUCACCCUUCUGCUCUUGAUCCCGGUAGCAACAGAUUUUUUUUGUUAAAAUAAUAUGGUAAGAUUUAAAAUACAGUAGGCAAACAGUAGACACCGAAGACAGAUACACUCGGGGACAAAGUGUGUCAAUUCAGCACAUAAACGCAUGACACAGUGCGUAUUCUUUAUUUUUGUUGUGAAAAUAUACAUACAUAAUUUGUAACCGUUUUAUACACAAAAUUAAGAUACCUGUUGCGUACCUUAUUUUUACUUUAUUUUAUGGAAAGUAAAUUAACACCUUUCACGUGGGAUCUACUGGGUCUACCAGCAAACCUUAAUAACGGGGACACCCGGGCAUACCUCGCCGUAUGUCUGAACUCAGCUUGUGAAACAGCCGUGUCCGGUGGGGCGUUAUGCAAAGGCAAUCAUAAUAAUAAUACUCUAUGCCCCGCAGGACAUCUGAGGCGGAUGACAGGGAGUAGCGACCCAGCGGGGCUAUAUAUACCGAGUACUCCAGGGAGAGUAUACUGUCCCCCAUCUCCGGCCGGCUAGAGUGAAGCAUGACAGGGGAAGGUCUCCCGCCUCUGGCUUGCCUUCAUUGGCCGUUCAGAGUGGAGUCGCGAGAGUAGAGUUAGCAGCCCUGCUCGGAGGGUAGGUGCCUCGUGGUAAGUGGCGAGUGGGCCGGUGAUGCUGGACCCACAGGGAGCGCGUGAUCUGCGUUUAAAGUCCUCCGAGGUAUCCUCCCCCUUCAGCCGCUCAUGUACCUGUUGCCCUCUUGUUGCAAUUUAGCGACUGAUUCCCGGGGGCUCAGGAAGUGAGGUGGCGAGUCUCCACCUGCCAUUUUUUAAUGUAUUUAAUACAUUGUCAUCAGCAGGUGCCAUAGGGAUAAUCGUGGGUUUUGUCAUUUGCGUGUCGACAUUUCAUUAAAGUUGUCUCAAAAGGGUUUCAGCGUGUUGAUUUCGGCCCCACGUUAGCCUCCCAAAAAUCGGGAAUGUAGUCCCAUGGUAUGGACGAAACAUACUCUCAGGCAUGUUAAUAAAAAAAAACUUUACGGUAUUCAACAUGAGAUAAUUACGAUAAGGUAAAAAUAGAAAUACAAUUAUGGCUAUACUAUGGAGAUAGCCGAAUGAUUUAUUGGAGGAAUUGCAGUGGCGAAAACUAAAAAAACACGAUACCCGGUCGAUGUAGCUACCCCUUGAAACAAAUUGGACAUUGCUUGCUCUCCCAGAAAUGCGGACUGCAUUUUACAUCUUAAAUAUUUUGUGUAUAAAACGUUUUAUAUUACUGUAACUUAUUGCAUUGUGACUGAUUAACAAAUAUACAAGUGCGUAGAUAGAUAUUUUACAUACUACAAAAGUAAUUUUUUAUAAUGUGUCAACUCUAAAAAGCGAUAAUAUCUAAUAAAAAAAUAUGUUUAAAAAAUAAAACUUUAAAUGCGCUAAAUACAAAUGACUGGCAUUGACUAGCGACAAAAGCAAAGGUUCUUUUGCUAUCAAAUGAAAAAAGUAUAUUCAUAUCAAUAAAAAAUAUUAUGAAGCAUGAAAUCUAAAUCAUUACUUAUAACUUGAUUCUCAACCACUGUGAUAUAAACAGUUGAUUUUUAUGUACCUAGGUAUAAAAGUAUUUAAAAUCAGCCCCUUCUGAAAAGGUAGUGUGAUUGAAUGCUAAUUUGUAUACUACAGUUAAGUAUUACUAUCAAUAUGCUUAAUCCGUUGUAACAAUAAUGUUCGUAGCUAUUUAUAUUGGUUAGGUAAAUGUACAGAUAUCUAAUGCACUUCAGUAAGAUUUUACUUCAUUAUUGGUAGAUAAUUACUGAUAGUAGCCAUUGCUUGUGCAAUGUUAUAUAAUUAACUCGCUGUAUACACGUACGUCGUAACUAUAGCGCUAUAUUUGAAUGUAAAUAGUUCUAUGAGGAAUCGUUCAUAUUGCGCUGAGAACACAUUGGUUAACUUCACCUAUAACUGCCUACAAAGAAUGAAAAUAUUAUUAAAAUCAUUAAUUGUAUAUGUAUCUAUACAUAGAUUCAUAAAAUAUCAACUCUAUAACCAGCGAAUUAGAAACUUUUGUGUAAUCCGAAUGAUAUAUUUUGCUUCGAAGAGAAUUAAUACGGUGAUUUAUGUAGGUAAACUCGGAAUAAUUAACAUACGAAUACACAACAUCUCACGAGUUCAAGACUUCGAUCGACGACGUAUAAAAUAAUCAAUUGCUACUUUAAGAAGGAAUGUUUUUUUAAUUCAAGCUAAGCGUUUCAGUUUUCAGUAACCUUAAAUAAUGGAAAUACUUAACAGUCACAAAUUAAAAUUGGUGCAAAAAAAUAUUUACUAUUAAUUUUUAAUAUCGAUUAUUAUCGAAUUUAAUCCGCCUACUAACGAAAUUUAUUUAAAUCAUUAUUAUCUAUGUAAUAAUUUAAGAAUUCAAUUAAAAUGGUUGUUUUAAUUUUAAGAUCCUUUAAUGUUUGCACUAUUAGUUAUUUGAUAUCAGCGACUUUUUUACAAUCAUUAUAUAAUAAGAAAGACUAAGAAUAUAAAAAAUAAUAAGUGUUUCCUACGCAAUGUGAACGUUUUCCACAAUUUGUAUGUAAAUACAUUUAUAAUAAUCAGCAAAAAGCAAACAUACUCAACAAAGCUGAACAAAGCUGUGACUCUAACAAAAACAAACAAAAAUUAUAUUUAUUUUUCCAAUAAAUGUCAUAGCGUAUUCGAUAUAAUGUGUAAGGCAUGAAAUAAUAAUAAAUAUUAUUUGGGACUGAU